AGACAGGCCGGCACCCACCAAGAAUGGCACGCCUCGCCGCCGUGGCCGUGGCCUUCGCAGCCAUCGCCGCGGUGGCCGGCGCCGCUGAGUCCUACUACGCGUCCGUGGAGAACCACCUCCCCGAGCGCGGCAUGAAGCUGGUGUGCCAGGCGCUGGGCGGCAUGUUCCUUACAGAGCUCAGCGUGGUGCCCCGGGGGCGCGUUCCCCACGGCAAGGCCGGGCGGCGCGUCGCCGAGCUGAUGGUGGAGGGCGACCGGAGCGGGUGGGUGCGCUGCAACUGGGCGUACGCCGGCAACUACGUCGCCGGCCUCACCCUGCUCGACUCGCGGUGGCCGGAGGCCCGGAGGUGCCGAGAUCCCGCCGGCGAGGGCCUCUGCCGCAUCUUGUUCGAGCACGACACCGUGUUCCUCAAGACGCCCGGCGGCGGGGUGCGCGUCAUCGGCGACCUGCCGGUGAAGCGGUGCCGACGGCACUGGCUGCUCUUCAGCACCGAGUGCUCGUACCCGGACCACCCCUAUCCCUACGCCGGCCGGCGCCUCGGCAACGCCUUCCAAUACUUCGCCAUCUGAUUGCCUUGUUCUUCUCUCGGUGACGGUUGUAAUUGGGCCAGAGGGGUGCCAACCAAUUUGGGGAGUCAAAUUUUGUAAAAUUUAGUCAAGGCCUUC